ACAAAACGAAUAAAAUGGAUUUUUCUCUCUUUCUUCUUCUUUUACUAUCACUCUCUCUCUCUCUCCUCGGAAACUCACCUCAAAAGCAGUCUAAAGGAUGUGGACAAAGGACAUCACAUCGCAAGCUUCAAAGAGCAGCAGAACUUUCGAGGGAAAAGAACAGAAAGGAACAGACGUCUCUGAGUGAUAAUUUUCAAAGGACUCUUGGUGUGUCGAAAACUAAUUUAAUAAGCGAACGAUACAAAUAUCAACGAAAGCCAGCGCUCAGUAUUCUACCAGUCGAAUUUUUAUAUUGCGUAAAUCGGAAAGUUACUAUUAAGUGAAAUCAAGUGAAAUUUCGCACGUAUAUCGAUUUGUUCCAAAAACUGCAUUUGUCAUUUUGUCAAACACACACACACACACACCCGCGCCCACAUAAAAUUACACACGGAGAGUGUGCGCUUGUGCUGGUGAGCGGAAACGGAAGAGUCAGAGACAGAGACAAGGAAACCCCGGAAACAGCUGCUCCGACCACAAAACAGUGCAAACACCACGAAGCAACAAUUGAAAGAUGACGCCAUAGAAGUUUCCUGGAAGCCACCAGCAUCUCAUUUCCCAGCAUCAGUGAUAGGACAGGCUUUCCAACAGCAUUACCAGAAGAUCCCACAAACACGAUUCUGUGCCAAACGAGACGAGGACCACGACGACACGAACGGAGGUGGACAGACGGUGCAGCAGACGGGAGAUUCAGAGGAAACUGGGCCAACCGGGGAAGGCCCGCGCUCCGCUCGGUAUUUGUGCACUCGGUGGGUCCCACAGCAGAGACAACCCAAUGCAUUUGGGUGUACAACAACAACGCCCCAAGCAACACCAACAACAACGCGAGCAACAAGAGAAACAUCAGAGGCGAUUCAGGUUCAGUAAAGGACGCCAAUGUCAUCCCUACAGCGUGACUGGAAUUUGCAGGGUUCCAGGGGAUCGAUUUACUGCGCGAGUGAACCGGACCCAGCUGGUGGAGUCCAGUACGAGUCGGGAGGGUUCAUUCUCAACACGAAGCCAGCGGCCGGCUCCGGCGUGGCACUGGGAUCGGGUGGCGGAGAGGGCGGCGUUGGCAUCGAGUGCGGAUCCCUCUUCUCGAUCGUGUCAGCGCCACCCGCACCACUCCCCACAGUUCCCACCGUGGUGGUGCCGCUUGCCGAGCUGGAUGUCAAGCAGAUGGAGUCCCUGUGCAUGCCCUCGAUGUCGAUGUCGCCGUCGCCCGCCCGGCGACCCGCCACACUCACCCUGGACGCCCCCUGCUGCCCACGCACCCUGCACGCCAGCUUGCUGGAGCACCAGAUCUCCGAGCUGGAGGAGGACGACAACGAGAACCUGUUGACUGUCUCCAGUAUCACGGCGAGGCCGUUGAUAGCCAAAUCGCACGAGCUGCGCAGCAGUCGAAAGACGCAGCAGUACGGAAACGGAAUCGGAAACGGAAAUGGAUCGCAGACGGCAAAGAGCAAAUGCAUCCGGAAAGCCAAGGAGCGGGAUCGGAUCGUCCAGCGACGCAGCAAGCCACUGGCCAAGGAUCGCGACUCCUCCACGACGACAACGGACAGCGGUGGGGGCAACCUGGAGCCUCCCGACGGCGGCUAUGGCUGGUUCAUCGUCUUCGGGGCCUUCUCCGUGCAGUUCUGGGUGGCCGGGCUGGUCAAAUCCUACGGAGUGCUCUACGUGGAGAUAAUGGAGACAUUUCCCAGCUCGACGGCCACCGUUGCAUCCUGGAUACCGGCAAUUCUUUCGGCUCUGUGCCUGGUCCUCGCACCCCUUUCGAGCGCCCUGUGCCAGCGGUUCUCGUGCCGGGCCGUCGUCUUUGUGGGGGGCAUCUUCUGUGCCAUGGGCAUGAUGCUCAGCUACUUCGCCACCAGCCUGGUGCACCUGCUCUUCACCUUCGGCAUACUGACGGGCAUUGGCGGAGGUCUCUCUACCACACCAGGCAUCGUCAUUGUGUCCCAGUACUUUGACACGCACCGCGCCCUGGCCAACGGCAUCUGUGUCUCGGGCACCGCCGCGGGCAGCUUCAUUCUACCGGUACUGAUCAAGCAUCUGGUGGAGAAAUGCGGAUUCCAUGCCACCCUCCUCAUCCUGGGGGGCUGCAUGUUGCACGUCUGUGUGUCGGCGAUGCUCUAUCGUCCGAUAAGCGCGUACACGGACCUGGGGCAGGCCCAGGCGCCGGAGGCCACUGAGAAGCCGCUGAACGAGGACAUUAACCCGAGCACGACGGGUAUUCUGACCACCUCCACAUACCUGGACACCUGCGAGGUGGUGGGUGACAACGAGCUGAGCGACAAGUUCAUCGAGCACCUGUUCCUCGAAGAGUCCAAGAACCAUCUGAACUACUACACCAGCAAGCAGCCAGCAGCAGGUGAGUGCAAUAGGAGCUCUGGGCAGCAGCCCUCACUACUGUUGCAUUCGCCAGCACGACAAGACGACAAGUCGGCGCAGGAGAGCGACGACGAGGUGAAGGACAUCAUUGGCGAGACCACCUUCAUCAAGCCCAUGAAGAAGGUGCGCAGCUCCGGUCUGCUGCACUCCGUCGAGGACCUGAGCACCGACUCCACCUGGGUCUACCGCAAGCACUCCGGUACGGACUCGAAUCGCGGCAGUCGUCGGCGACGCAAUGUGUUCGCCAACGACGAGGUCAUCUCGAAGAUCCAGGCCCACCUGGAGAGGCCACUGUCGCCACCCAGCGUGGUCAGUCGCGGGCUCAGCAAGAGCAUGGAGAUUCCCACGCCGGUGAGCAACCUCAGCGAGCUGAAGCAGCAGCAGUUGUCGGACAGCGGUGGCAUCCUCAACUCCCAGCUGGUGGAGAGCAUCAAUGCCGAAGGUGCGGCAGACGACGAGGACGACGAUGAUGAUGAUGAGGAGCAGCUGCCGCGCACCUGCUGCGAGCGUAUCGAGAUGUAUCUGGACAUCAGUCUGCUGCAGGAACCUCGAUUCAUCCUGAUGACCCUCUCCGUCACCCUGAUGUCCGUGGGCUGCCCCUACAUGCUGUACUAUCUGCCUGCCCAUGUCAUCUCCAUAGGCUACAACAAAAGCGAGGCGGGCUAUUUGGUGGCCAUCAGCGCUGUCCUGGAUCUUUGUGGGCGCCUGGGCCUGGGCUGGCUAUCGGAUCUGCAGCUGUUCGAUCGCAAGAAGACCUACACCCUGUGCAUUUUGGGCGCCGGCCUGGCGGUCCUCACCAUUCCAUUUGCCAAGACACUGAUUCUGGUGGGUCUCUCCGCCGCCGUCUACGGCCUCUGCCUGGGCAGCUGGUACGUCCUGAUGCCCGUUCUCCUGGCCGACGUCUUCGGCACGGACCGGAUCAGCUCCAGCUACGGGCUGGUGCGUAUGUUCCAGAGCAUUGGUGCCAUCUCGGUGCCACCGCUGGCUGGUCUCCUGCGAGACCUAUCGGGGGACUAUGAAAUCUGCUUCUACUGCAUGGGCUCCUGCAUGGUGCUCGGCUGCACACCGCUCAUCGUUUGGUCUAUUCUGGAGGCGCGCAACCAUCGCCUUUUCGUGCAGGGCGAGGAGGACUGCGAGGAUGACUGCGAGGAUGCCUAGGGAUUGGAGUUACGAAUUGUGUUACCGGUUACUAAUUAGUUGGCUGUCGCCCCAUAAGUUAAUCGUGUUUUAGUAGCCAAAACGAAAAGAGAGAUAACCAAAAGGAUAAUCAUAGUUGAGUUCCUGAGUUUCAAAGUUGCGAAUGCCUCACCGAUUCUAGCCAUUACCAAUUAAUAAUUGUAUUAGCCCACUUCUGUAUCCUCAAGCCAUCGAUCAACUCCCUUUCCACUCUACAUCUCGCACUCACUACUCUACACAUAUAUUUAUCUAUAAAGGGAUCUAUGUAUCCCCAUAGCUUGUUAUAUUUCAGUUGAGCACGAACCAGAUCGUUUGUAUCAAUAUCUUGCCGCAGAUGAGACGAGACUUGAGAAGAGAUUCAAGCAAACCAACCUACUGAGCACCAAAACGUUGCGCAAAAAGAACUGAGUUAAAAAAGACAUGAAAACACUACCCGUAUAUAAUGAUAACUUAAUGAUAUAAAAGAAGCGAUUAAGCAACAUAAACCUAUGGACUACCACGUAUUUCCGUGCCCAAAUAAAUCAAUAUUGGAAAACUA